AUUAGAACAGUAGCAGCAAGAAGAAGUGGUGUUUCAUUUUGGUGUGCGUACGGAAGCGGUCUGGUCCAAUGGGACAUGGUUUUUGUCAUUUCAUAUAUUUUGUAUGAACGGUCCAAUGUACCGCUUCUGUACGUUUACGUUAUUUUGAUAUUGUGCUACAAUUCAAUAAAAUCGUGCGGUGAUUCUUACCUUCUACUUUAUUCUUUAGACAUGUUUAAUUUGGUUCUUUUGUAUUUGGCUAUUAAUUGUACAGGCUUGAAUUACAUACUGAAAGUAGCAACACAAAACCUGAGCUCAUAUUCAUGGACCAAAUUGAAGAAGUAUCACCAGAAUUUGUUCAGUAUAAAAAUGAACAAUGUAUUCAAAUUCGAUUCCGUGAUGGUAUUCGUGAUGGUCGUGUUGUUCUCACCAAUCCUGAUGAAAUCGGAUUAAAAGAAUGGGCUUUAUCGUUACGAUCAGCGCAUAAAUUAUCACAAGAGCUGCUUGGUUCAAUGGCUCGAAAAGCUGGAAAAAUUUACGGUACUCUAUUAAAAAAAAACAUUAACAUUAUUGUUUUAUAAAUAUUGUGAGGGCGU